AUGGACAAACACGUAGUUAUGGUUCCGGCGGGUAGAGAAGAGCAGCCGUCGAAAAAGGCCGGGAACCGUUUCGAGCUCAAGAAGUGGAACGCGGUGGCGUUGUGGGCAUGGGAUAUAGUUGUGGACAACUGCGCGAUUUGCAGGAACCAUAUCAUGCAUCUAUGCAUCGAGUGCCAGGCGAAUCAGGCGAGCACCGCGAGCGACGAAUGCACGGUGGCUUGGGGUGUUUGCAACCAUGCUUUCCACUUCCACUGCAUCAGCCGGUGGCUCAAAACCCGGCAAGUCUGCCCGUUAGAUAAUAGCGAGUGGGAAUUUCAGAAGUAUGGUCACUAG